GGUCAUGGAAGAGGAUAUUUCAAAAACGAUCCGUACAUACUUUCGUUAGCCGUAGCAUGUAUCAGUAAACGCGGAGUGCGCGAUAGCCACAUCACCAGGGCUACUAUAACCUAUCAUCGAUUCCACGAAGGUAUGUAUCUGCCACCUACCAGUAAUAGCUCCUAUAUAAUUUGCUUUUUUUAAAAGAAAUAAAUCAAGAAUUGACGCGCUUUCACCACGAAGUCGCCCCCGAGGAGGAGGAUCAGUUGCUCUUAGGGUGCCUCGAUCAUAUAGAGGAGGGUUACCCGGAGCCCAGCACCAGCACGGUGACGGUGAUGCAAAGUGCUAACAGUAAAACAUACUUUUAAAAAAAAAAGAUUACGUCUAAUUUACGUUUUAUUAAAAAAAGUAGCAGGUCCAUCGACAGCGCUGGAUGUGCAGGUGAUGAAGGAGGAGGAGGAAGAAGAAGAAGAAGAGGGUGAAAAAUCGCUUCAGAAUACGUGGGAUGAAAUCAUGUCGAUAGCAUCGGCCGAUAGUGAUCGCAGUGUCUACGGCAAUGGUAAUGAUGAUGAUGAUGACCGCUCCACCAUGUCCAGCACUUCUAACGAGCGCUAUCAAUUUGUAGACCCGCUGGAGGUUGCUGGCUACGAUAACCGUAUUGCAUCGGACAACGCACGGUCUCCGCAGGAGCACGACGACGACGCGGAAGAACCGGUGCUAUGGGUUCGUAGGAACGGCGUGUAUGAGGUAGCGGAUGCCGACGAAGCGGCCGAUGCAUUGGCGGGGCGCGAUGGGGCCCCGAGCGCAGCGGUUACCCUCGAGGAAGAUGCGGUGAAUGUGGACACACAGUACCAGACUGGCGGGGGACCCCUUAAAAAACAAUAA